CUCUCUCUCAUCCAAGCUUACUCCUCUCUCUUCAACCUUCCACUUAAUCUCUUGAGUCUCUCUGUUUCCGUUUUUUUCAGUUCUAAAGCAUAGUCGUCAUCAUGGCCAUGGUUGAAACACAAUCCUCAAAGCGCCAAAGAGAUGACGAACAAGAGACCCAGAUGUUAGAGGAUCCUAAGCGCCAAAAGUCUUAUAACCACAUACUCUCUCUUCUUGAUGAAGAUGAAGAGGAACCCACCCAGGAUUUGAACUCUCUCAUCACAACCUUCCAGCAAGAGCUCUCCUCCGACUCCGACCUUGUUUUGAAUCCGGACCACGUUGGUCACCAAACCAUAGCAGAUGCUUUGGAUGCUUCCGAAGGGUACAACUCCUCUUCUUCCGGCUCUUCCUCACCUUCUUCUUCUUCGGCACUGUUCUUGAAGGAGGGUGACGAGCAGGAGGACGAGAGUAGUGUCGAGAGGGUUAUGAGACGCCUUCUAGAAGCUUCCGACGACGAGCUAGGGAUUCCGAAUCGAGAUGCUGGUAAUGGGUUUGAGGAUGCGGAGGAGGCGGUGUUUAAUUUUGGGGAUAAUGGGCUUUCACUUUGUGAUGGGUUGUGGGAGCUUGAAGAUGAAGCUGCCAAUUACUAUGCCCUGGUGCAAUCUGAACUGUUCAUGUAGUUAUGGGGUGAAAUGCAACAAAAAAAAAAAAAAAAAAAACAUCUAUAGGGGCUUUGGGGAAGAAGUGUUCUCAGAGUUUAGAGGGAGAAGUAGAAAAGUGGAAAGUCUUUUAAAUUUUCAUUUUGGUCCCUCUUCUUUUGUGAAAAUAUCAAAUGCCCCCCUGGCUUCACUCUUUAGAAGAUUAACUUGUAGAAGGAAAGACGAUUCAAGAUAUUAAUUUGUCACCAUCUGUUCUUAUUUUCAA